AGCAACUUUGUCAAUAUUCUAAAGGAGUCUAUUGGCUGUCUACCAAUUUAUCUUCCUGCUACCACUCUGGUCCCAAUUGGAACUCAAUCACUAGUUCACUCCGGUCAUCGAAGUGUAUUUAAACAACCCUGGCUGCUCAUUGGACAAUGCCUCCCCGAAGGAAACAAGACAGCGCUGCAGCCCCAGCGCCUGCACCCACCACAACUGGUAGGGCUACUCGUUCUCGAACACAGAAAGUCGCUCCUGAAGAUGACACCACAACACCUCAGACCCAGAGUGGCACUGUCCCCACCAAGCCCACUCGUGGCGGCAAGAAAGCGGCAGCGGUUCCUGCUGCUGCUCCAGCUGCUGACGCUCAAUCACAACCUGAACCUGUAGCAAAGCCCAAGAAAGUAGCCCGGGGCAAAAAGAGGACUGUGGCUGCUGCAGUAGCAUCAGACGAUACUGAAGAGGAUUCGCAGCCUUCGCAGAAGAAGACCAAAGCCUCCGCUCCUACAAUUAACACUGCCCCUAUUCAAAAGACCGCUGCUGUGAAGCAACAGAGCCCUGAGCUUGAGGAUGCUCAAGUUGCCAAGCCCGGUGUCAGAAUCCCCCUUGAUGAGAAUAUUGCGGGUGAACUUGUUCAGUACGAGGUCUAUAUUGACGAUGAUGGUGUUAUCUACGAUGCUUCGCUCAACCAGACUAAUGCCGGCCAUAACAACAACAAGUUCUAUCGCGUUCAGCUUCUUCGCAAUGUUGCUGGUACAUACAAGACCUGGACGCGCUGGGGUCGGGUUGGAGAUCGCGGCCAGAGUGCUAUCUUAGGCAAUGGAACUCUGCAGGAUGCACUUUCUAACUUCAACAAGAAGUUCAAGGACAAGUCUGGCUUGAACUGGGAAGACCGUAACGGACCACCCAAAGCCAAAAAAUACACAUUUGUUGAGCGCAGCUAUGCACCUGAUUCAGAUGACGAAGAGGAGUCAGAAUCCAAGAUCAAAGCUGGAGAUGAUGCAGAGAUUCCCGAGUCAAAGCUUGCACCUGCUGUCCAGGAGCUCAUGGAGCUCAUCUUCAAUCAACAGUAUUUUGCAAACGUUAUGUCAGCCAUGAAUUAUGAUGUUAAGAAACUUCCACUUGGAAAGCUUAGCAAGACUACAUUGACUCGUGGCUACCAGGCCCUCAAAGACCUAUCAGCGCUGUUGGACGACCCAUCUCUUGCAGCCAGUCAAUAUGGAACCUCAUAUAACCAGGCUACUGAGGAUUUGUCCAACUCUUUCUUCUCGCUCAUUCCACAUAUCUUCGGACGAUACAGCCUACCCGUCAUCCGAGAUCAGGACAUGCUCAAGCAGGAAAUAGGACUUCUUGAGAGCUUGUCUGACAUGAAGGAUGCUGACGCCAUUUUCAAGCAAGACAAGAACAAGAAGGAUACUGAGCGUCUCAACAUUCUAGAUCGCCAGUUCCAGGGCCUAGGAAUGGAGGAAAUGACACCCCUCAAGCACACCAGUACCGAGUUCCAACAGCUCAAGAACUACUUGUUGGAUACCCGAGGCUCAACGCACAACGCCAACUACCAGGUCGAUCAGAUCUUCCGCAUCGAGCGGCAAGGAGAGAAGAGCCGAUUCGACACCAGCCCAUUCGCGGGCCCACCUCGCGAUCGACGACUCUUGUGGCAUGGAUCACGAUGCACCAAUUUUGGUGGUAUCUUGUCCCAAGGUCUGCGUAUUGCUCCACCCGAGGCUCCGGUUUCCGGCUACAUGUUCGGCAAAGGUAUCUACCUGGCAGACAUGAGCUCGAAGUCAGCCAAUUACUGUUGCUCGUAUCAGACGAAUGGACAUGCGUUGUUGCUGCUUUGCGAAGCCGAGCUAGGGAAUCCCAUGCAAACUUUGACGAAUGCCUCCUACAAUGCUGGCGAUGAAGCCAAAGCCAAGGGCAUGCUCUCUACCUGGGGUCAAGGCAUGACUGGACCUAAGAAUUGGAAGGAUGCCGAGUGCGUUCACGAGUCACUGGAAGGCAUCAAAAUGCCCGACACGGCGGUCAAGCCUGGUAAUACUGGUGUUCCAAAUGCAUAUUUGCAAUACAACGAAUACAUUGCCUACGACGUAGCCCAGGUUCGCCUCCGGUAUUUGUUCCGUGUGCGCAUGUAGGACCUCGACGCGGCACUUUGACGAGACGAACCAAGAUCUCAGGGAGGGGGGUUAAGCUUAAUGUAUUCGAUACCCGGAUAUUCGUCCAGCUCAUAUUUAAGUCUUUUAUGUCGUCGGUUCGGUGCCAAAGAUGGGAUGUCAUGUCGGAAGCCAUUGGGCCAAAACUUUGCAUGGGGGAUGGAAUGAAGCUGGGAACUAUGAUUGCUUUCUAUAAGAUCGGGGAAUCAUGAUGGGACGAUGUGAUAGAGGAUGAGCUGUGACGGUUGACCUAGCUGUAUCUCCAACAAUGAAAUGAUUUUAUGAUACCGUAGUUGCCUUUCCGAGUGUCCUGAGACCCUGUGUAGCUAGCACGAUUGAAUGAGAAAUACAUUCGCUAAACCACUUAGUUAUGUAUGAAUACAUAGACUGCUUGAUCGUCACUUGGUAGA